CAGUAUAGUGAGCACUGGGCAGGGCUGCUGGUUCGAUCAGUGGUUUGAGUUCUCCAGUCAUAGAGAAGACUUGACGAUUUUUAUUUGUAUUGAAUAAUUUCAACGGAUUUCCUGAGAGUCAAGAAGGGCCAAUCUGUAGGGAAAAGGGGGAACUGGACACUAAGAAUCCUCUAAGGGAUUCUCCUAGCUGAUAUUAUGAAACGGCGACAAAAGAGGAAACAUUUGGAAAAGGAAGAGUCCCAGGAAACUGAUGAGAAGGGAAGAGGAAUGUCAAAAUCACAAGAGGAUGCCCCUCAUCUUGAAUCCACUGGAGUGGCCAAGAUGUGCAGCCUAGGAGGAGGGGAGGUCUCCUCUGCCUCAGAAUACUUCUCCUGUGUUUCUUCUCCAUACAAGCUCUUCCAUGGUAGUAGAGGAACCCGGAAAUUACAAGACAGUCCCAAGCCUAGAUCACCCCUAACCCAGUUUCAAAAACGAGGGGAGACUCUUCCCCACUCCCAGAAUAACUCCUUCUCAACCCAUUCAUCUUAUAAGACCUGUGUGUCCUCUCUGUGUAUGAACAAAGAGGAAAAGGGCAUGAAAAUAUACUACAUGCAGGUAAAAAUGAAAAAAGGUGUAGCUGUCUCCUGGGAGACAGAGGAAACCUCAGAGUCCCUAGAAAAGCAGCCAAGGAUGGAAGAAGUAAGCCUUCCUGAGAAAGUGCGAGUAGGUACUCCCCCCUCUGAUGUAUCCACCAGAAACCUCCUGUCUGACAGCGAGCCCAACGGGGAGGAGAAAGAACAUGAGGAAAGGGCAGAGGCAGAUAGCCCGCCAGGAUCACCUGCAGUGGAGGAGAGACCCAGGGCCAAGACACCUGACUGGCUGGUGACCAUGGAGAAUGGUUUCAGAUGCAUGGCCUGCUGCCGGGUCUUUGCCACCAUGGAUAUCCUCCAGGAGCAUGUGAAGCAUGGGAUCAGGGAGGGCUUCAGCUGCCACGUCUUCCAUCUCACCAUGACUCAGCUGAUAAGCAAUGUAGAACCAGAGAGCGCCCAAGAAGAGGAGGAGGAGGAGGAGGAGGAGGAAGAGGAGGAGGAGGAGGAACAAGAGAAGCCAGAAGACAAGGAGAAUAAGGAGGACCAGCCCACAAGGGAAGACCCUGGCCUGAAGAGACCCUGGAGCCAAUGUCCAGGCUGUGUGUUUCAUUCUCCAAAGGAUAGGAACAACUGAGAUUCAUGAGCCAGAAGAUCUUUGAAGAUGGUUCAGCCUUCUCUUGGGAGAGGGAGAAGAGAUAAUAGCAGAUAGAAUGCCAAUAGAAUAAAAGAGGAUGAAGGGACCACACCGCUCAGUCUAACAUAUAAACAUCAUAUACAAUAAAGAUUGUUUUCAAAAC